GGAGGCGCGCGAGCGGGCCGCCGCCGAGCCGGGCCCCCGGGCAGCCCCCGCGCGCGCGGCGGCCGGAAGUGCGGGCGCGUCACUUCCGGGCGGUGCCGCGGCGGCCGCUCGCAAGAUGGCCGCGCCCUGUGGCUCGGAGCUGCCCGCCAACUCGCCGCUCAAGAUCCCGAAGAUGGAGGUGCUCUCCCCGGCGUCUCCCGGCGGCCUGAGCGACGGGAACCCAUCGCUGUCCGACCCGUCCACGCCUCGGGGCGCCUCCCCGCUCGGGCCGGGCGGCGCGGCGGGCUCGGGGGCGGCGACGUCCGGGGGUCUCGGGCUGGGGCUGGGGGGCCGCAGCGCCGCCUCGUCCUCGGUCUCCUUCUCGCCGGGCGGCGGCGGCGGCGGCGGUGGCGGCGGCGGCGGCGGCGGCGGCGGGGCCGCGGCGGCCGCGGCGGCCGCCUGCCGGGGCAUGUCGUGGACGCCGGCCGAGACGAACGCGCUCAUCGCCGUGUGGGGCAACGAGCGGCUGGUGGAGGCGCGGUACCAGCAGCUGGAGGGAGCCGGCACGGUGUUCGGCAGCAAGGCCCCCGGGCCGGCCAUGUACGAGCGCGUGUCCCGGGCCCUGGCCGAGCUGGGCUACGAGCGGACGCCGUCCCAGUGCCGGGAGCGCAUCAAGACCCUUCGCAGGUGUUACAGUCGGGUGAAAGAACAUGGUGUUGGGAAAAGAAAGAGCAGUUACACAUUUGAACAGUUGGAACAGGUGUUUGGUCAGGGAGGAUGGGAUGCUCAGCCCUGCCAGCCUGUACUUAUUAACAGUAGUGGCUUGUACCAGGAGCUGGAGUCAGAUGGCAGCACUUUGGAGGAGUAUUCACAGGAGGACUGGGGAAACCACAGUCAGGAUCUCCAUGGCUGUCCAACAGAUCAGGAAUUGGAUGAAAUACCUGUCACAAAGAGAGCAUUAAAAAUAAAACAGGAAUCUUCUGAGGAAGCACAGAAGAGAGACAUCAUGCAGAAUAUCGUACAGAUCUUGGAAUCAGUACAGUUAAAAUGGGAACUCUUUCAGAGCUGGACGGACUUUUCAAGGCUUCAUCUCUCGAAUAAACUGGCCAUUUUUGGAAUUGGUUAUAACACUCGUUGGAAAGAGGAUAUCCGUUAUCAUUACGCCGAGAUCAGCUCCCAGGUGCCCCUGGGCAAACGACUCCGAGAGUACUUCAACUCCGAGAAGCCCGAGGGCCGGAUCAUCAUGACCCGGGUGCAGAAAAUGAACUGGAAGAACGUUUACUACAAAUUUUUAGAGAUCACAAUUAGCGAAGCGAGGUGCCUGGAGCUGCACAUGGAAAUUGACUGGAUCCCCAUCGCCCACUCCAAGCCCACCGGGGGCAAUGUGGUUCAGUACUUACUGCCAGGAGGCAUCCCCAAAAGCCCGGGUCUUUAUGCCAUUGGCUAUGAAGAGUGUCACGAGAGACCACCCUCCCCCCAUGCGGACCGACGUGCCCUGGACGCAGGGAAGGAGGGCCGGGUGGACCUGGAGCCCCUCCCAGCCCAGGCCUCGUUACAGGUGGAAAUGGAAACCGCCCGCAUCGUCUAUUGCUACCUCGGCAUUGCCGAGGUCAGGACUCUCCAGCAAUGCCUGUUCUUACAUUUCCAAGCAAAUACCAAGACCUUCAGCAAAGAUUGGGUUGGUAUUAAUGGGUUUCUGUCUCAGAACUGUCUCGUGGAUCCUGGCGUUUCCCCCAAGUCCAUCUACAUCAAGUUUGUAGAAGUUGAGAGGGAUUUUCUUUCCGCCGGCUCUCUAGUCGAGUGCCUGGAAAAAGCCAUCGGAUACCCCUUAAAAUUCAACAACUGAAUGUCAUCCUUCAUAAGGAUUUGGGCUCUCACCUCCCUCUCCACUCCCCGUUUCCCUUGACACAGACCGCCCUCAUCGGAUGCUGCCAACAGACCCUUCACGGGAACUCAGUGCAUCGGACCAGAACAGCUUCUAAAGGAUCAGCACGGACUGCAGGCAGCAAACAGGACUCGCCCCAAAACGCUUGUUCAGAGCGAGCAGAAUACUCUGCAGACUUAGGUGGUGGGCCGGCUGUUUUCCUUUUUUUAAAAAAACAAGACCAAUUUUUUAAAUGGAUUUCAGAGCCCUUAUAUAAACAAGUGUAGGUACAUUCCAUAUUGGACCAGACUUAUACUUUGCGUUUCAUAUGAAAUUGAAAAAUUGUAUUUUUUUCACAAUGUUUCAUUUUUACACAUCUCUGUCUCUAUAUAAGUAUUAUUUACAACCCUGAAUAAAAUAAGCAAUAGACAAUGAACACAUCCAAUCUUAAAUCACAGUAAAUAAGACUGUUUUUCAUACCACCCUUAGCUACUAUUGUAUAUAAUCUAGAGUUUCAUUUUUUUGCACCAAGUGUUUUGGUAUUCCCAAUCAGUGUUGCCUGCAAAGACCUUCGUUUCUGUGAUGUGCCCGCUUUCUGGUUGUGUUGCCAUUUAAACUUUUUAUAUAUUAAAAAAAAAAAA